CUUCUUCUCUGACCCAUCGCAGGUUUUGAGCUCUCUCACUGUGAAGAUCCUGGCGUCCCCCACUUUGGAUACAAAUUUAGCGACCAGGGCCAUUUUGCUGGAAGCACGAUUUCUUACGGGUGCGAUCCAGGCUACACUCUGCAUGGAAGUAGUAUCCUGAAAUGUAUGACAGGAGAACGAAGAGCUUGGGACUACCCGCUCCCAUCGUGCAUUGCGGAAUGUGGAGGCCAGUUCAAAGGUGAAUCAGCUGGAAGAAUCCUAUCUCCUGGUUAUCCUUUCCCUUAUGAUAAUAAUCUUCGCUGCAUCUGGACAAUUGAAAUGGAUCCAGGAAAUAUUAUCAGUCUUCAGUUUAUUGCGUUUGAUACUGAGGCAUCUCAUGACAUUUUACGUGUGUGGGAUGGUCUUCCUGAGAACGAGAUGCUUCUGAAAGAAGUUAGCGGAUCUCUUUUUCCUGAUAAUAUCCACAGCACCCUCAACAUUAUCACAAUCCAGUUUGAUACUGACUUCUUCAUCAGUAAAUCAGGAUUUGCUGUCCAGUUUUCAAGCUCGGUGGCGACAGCUUGUCGUGAUCCUGGUGUACCUAUGAAUGGGAGUCGCAAUGGAGAUGGCAGGGAUCCAGGAGAGACUGUCAUCUUCCAGUGUGAACCUGGUUAUGAACUUCAGGGUGAAGAAAAAAUUACCUGCAUCCAAGUGGAAAACCGAUACUACUGGCAACCCAGCCCUCCUGUAUGCAUUGGUAUGUAAUUUAAAAUGUUCUCUUUUAUCUCAAUAACUGGGUGGCAGUGUGAGCUACGAUGAGGAUGCUAUGAGGCUGCAGGGUGACUUGGAUAGGUUGGGUGAAUUGGCAGAUGCAGUAUAAUGUGGGUUAAUGCGAGGUUAUCCACUUCGGUCGCAAGUACAAGAAGGCAGAUUAUUAUCUGAAUGGUGUCGGAUUAGGAGAAGGGGAGCAGCAACGAGAUCGGGGUGUGUUUGUACAUCAGUCACUGAAAGUAAGCAUGUAGGUAUAGCAGUCAGUGAAGAAAGCUAAUGGCAUGUCGGCCUUCAUUGCGAGAGGAUUUGAGUUUACGAGCAAGGAGAUCCUACCGCAGUUGUACCGGGCCUUGGUGAGACCACACCUGGAGUAUUGUAUGCAGUUUUGGUCUCCUAAUUUGAGGAAGGACAUUAUUGCUAUUGGGAUAGUGCAGCAUAGGUUCACCAGGUUAAUUCCCAGAAUGGCAGGACUGACAUAUGAUGAAAGAAUGGGAGCAACAGCAGGAGGAGAUUAGCAAGAGAUAAGACUGAUUGGCUCUAGCCUGAGUGGGAGGAGAGAAGUGAGUCAGUGCUGGGAAAACAGUUGAAAACUGAGGAAUUCAGUUUGUAAAUUGGUAAAUCAGGCAAUUUAUCAGUCAAUUUAAGCAAGACUGCUCUUAGGGAGCGGCAGUGAGUGAGCGGCCUUGUGAGUAAAGUGCGAGUCUUUGGCUCGAGAGUCUUUGGAGGAGACCAUGCAAUACGCUUGAGAGGUAGAGACGAAAGAAGGAGAUGUCAGACAAGCUGUUUCAGUGCGAUGCUUGCAGUAUGUGGGAGGUCAAGGACACCGCUGGUGCCUCUGGCUGCUACAAAUGUGAGAAGUGCAUCCAGGUAGAGCUCCUGAAGGACCGUGUUGGGAAACUGGAGAAACAAGUGGAUGACCUCCGGUUCGUCCGAGAAAUGGAAUCGUUCCUCGACAAGUCCUACAGUAAGAUUGUUACACCUAAGGUACUGGAAGAGAGAAUUGGGAGAUAGUGAGAAAGGGAGGGAAGCAUGGAAUGCCAACGUUCCCGGGUGUUGUACCUCUUGUGAACAGGUUCACCCACUUAGAAGCUGUCGGGACAGAAGACGUGAUUACACUGAGCGGCGGACUGGCUUGCGAUGCGAAUAGGGCUGUUGAGCCAAAACCACAAAGGCCUAAGGCAGGCAAUGCCAUUGUAGUGGGAGACUCCAUUGUGAGAGGUACGGACAGGGGUUUCUGCGGCAACAGACGGAUGGUGUGCUGCCUUCCUGGUGCCAGGAUCCAGGAUGUCACGGACAGA